AUGACUUGCUCCGCGUCAGACAGCGAGAAGAUCGUCAUCAACUGCGGCGGCAUCCGGCAUGAGACCUACCGGAGCACCCUCAAGACCCUCCCGGGCACCCGGCUGUCCUGGCUCACCGAACCGGACGCCUUCAGCAACUUUGACUAUGACCCCAAGUCGGACGAGUUCUUCUUCGACCGGCAUCCGGCCACCUUCGCCUUCAUCCUCAACUACUACCGCACCGGCAAGCUGCACUGCCCCAACGACGUGUGCGGUCCGCUGUUCGAGGAGGAGCUGGCUUUCUGGGGCAUCGACGAGACGGACGUGGAGGCGUGCUGCUGGAUGAACUACCGGCAGCACCGGGACGCCGAGGAGGCGCUGGACAGCUUCGAGACCCCCGAGCCGGACGUGCCGGAGGACGACCCGGCGCUGACCGGCGGCGCAGACGGCGACCUGAAGCGGCUGUGCCUGCAGGAGGACGGGCGCAAGGCGACGUGGUGGGAGGUGUGGCAGCCCAAUAUCUGGGCUCUGUUCGAGGACCCCUACUCCUCCAAAUAUGCCCGAGUUGAGGAGCAGGCUGAGAGGUCAGAGGGGCCAGAGCUAGCUCAACACCCUUCUGUUGUGUCAGCAUAUGCUGAUGAUGUUACUGUGUUUGUCCAGGGAGAGGGAGAUGUCCGGGAACUGAAAGAAAGCCCGGUCUUAUAUGAAAAGGCCUCUUCAGCCAAAGUUAACUGGGGGAAAGAGUUUAUGCUUUAUACUCUCGUAGCUUUUGUGGCAGUAUCCCUGGCCAUCAAGACGUCCUGCCUUAAUGCUGUACAGGUGCUGCUGUGA